UUUUGGGCCAUCUCCGUAGAAAUCUUGCAAGACGUCAACUUUUGCGGGGGAAAAAGCGUGUACAGAACGAAUUAUUCUCCUGCCAGGGCCGUUGCGAGUUUCGAAUAGAGGGAGAUAAUACCGGUUUCGCAUCGGCCUAUUUUCCGUCAUCAUGCCCUCUCCUUUCCUGACUCCUGGCAGGUCUUCGCAGCCAGAUACGCUCGCUGUUCUUCAUCUACGCAGAGAUCAGCUUGUCACGACCGUUCUCAGGACAUACGACGAUGAAAAUCUAGGAUACGAUGAAGGAAAAGUCACCAAUACUCGCUUUGGAUCUUAUCCGCAUAGUACCUUGCUCGAUCAGCCAUGGGGUUCGCAAAUCGUCGCUUCGAAGGUCGAUACCGGAUCUCGCGGCCGGAGACAGCAAAAGCGCAAAGCAGAUGAUAUUGAUUCUUCAGGGGCGGCAGACGGAGUGAGGACAGCCAAAACUCCAGUCGCAGCAGCGAGUGGUUUCAUCCACCUGCUUCCACCGACUCCAGAAUCGUGGACUGCAUCGCUGCCUCACCGAACCCAGGUUGUCUACACGCCCGACUACAGUUACGUUCUACAUAGAUUGCGCGCGCGACCCGGCAGCAGAAUUAUUGAGGCUGGAGCGGGCAGUGGUUCCUUUACACAUGCCUCAGUUCGUGCAGUGUUCAACGGAUACCCUGCCGAGGCACCUCCUGCGAAGCGAAGACGACUGGGCAAAGUUUGCAGUUUCGAGUUUCACGCUCAGCGCGUUGAGCGGAUACAACAGGAAAUAAAGGAGCAUGGACUGGAAGGUUUGGUGGAAGUGACACACCGUGAUGUUUACAAAGAUGGUUUCUUGGUGGGAGACCCAAAGACGGGAGCAUCACCCAAAGCCAAUGCUAUCUUUUUGGACCUACCGGCUCCUUGGCUUGCUCUCCCGCAUCUCGUCCGCUCGCCUAGUAAUGGAACAGAGUCCCCUCUCGAUCCGUCAUCAGCUGUGCAUAUAUGUACAUUCUCGCCCUGCCUGGAACAGGUGCAAAGGACAAUCACAACUAUGAGGCAACUUGGGUGGCUAAACAUUUCGAUGGUCGAGGUGCAACAGCGACGAAUCGAAGUCCACAGGGAGUACAUCGGACUGGAAUAUGAGGGUGUCCGCUCUGCAACAGUCUUCCCUAACUCAGUGGAAGAGUCGGUUGCGAGACUGCGUACCGUUGAAGAGCACGCCAAGCGCUAUCGCGUGACAGCAGAACAGGGCGAAUCUAGUGAGACACCCCUUCGACGACAAACGACGACCGGAGACGGUGAGACGGACAAGGGAGCGGCCGAUCGGUCUAAGCAGCGGCCCCCUCCAUACAACUCUGGUCGUCUGAUCCAUCGCACUGAACCUGAGAUCAAAACUCAUACCUCAUAUCUUCUUUUCGCAGUACUUCCACGUGCGUGGUCGGAAGAAGAUGAAGAGAAAUGUCGUCAGACUUGGCCCUCGCGCAAGAGUGACGCUGAAGCUGGGAAACCCAAGAGCAGAAGGCAGUUGAAGAGGGAAGAACGAGCCCAAUAUAAACAGCAGAAGGCCGCCGAGACUGAAAAGGCCUCGCAAGAUGCUACUAUAAAGGAGAAAGCCGACGACAAGACGAAAGACGUCGAAAUGACGCAGUCAUAGGAGCUGUCAUAGCCAAGGACGAUUUUGUAUACUGAACAACAUAAUUAUUUGCAUAUCUGGGUGUUCUGAGAGAUCAAAUUUCUUAUAUUAGACGGUUGUAUGACGGCCCAAAAGCAUUAUUGGAAUAUAUAUGAGCUACUUCAGCUCAUUGUGGCUUAAUCCCAGUAUGCAAGUACGUACGCGCAAAUGGAAAAACGCGUAUCACGCGACACUAUAUUAUCAUUUAGUGGAGGUAUCAAUGCUGUCGUAUGAUUAUUAUCUCUCUUAAUUUAUCUUUAUCCUCCGCGAUGGUUAUUUGCCGACCCCGCCUCUAGAAAUUGAUGAGCCAGCAUGAUACCAGUCAAAUAUGCCCACCAUUGCGUGUGCAGCCUUCUCCUAAUAGUAUAAUCAUGUAUAAUAACUCAUAAGUUCUAGCAAUUG